UCUGUAAUUUGUAGUUGUCAUAACACGGCUGGAAAACAUCACAACACACAUGGCGGUGUGCGAUGUUGUUUGGUAGUUUGGUACUUUCUAACCUACAACGAAAGUGGGAAAAAGAAUACAAUUGUUUCAAAUCUUCAAGAAUAUGGAUAGUUCUUCGGAAUCGCAGGCUCAGGACGUAGAUAACGUUGAACAGGACGAGGACGACUCUGCGGAAAACGCAGAGUCGGUCGACGACGAUGUAAUCGAAAACUACGGUAUACGACCUACGCUUGAAGAAAAAUUCAAGCCCUUGACUGCUAAAGAAAUUAUUCAUAACGUCCUCUUUGAUCAGUUGUCCACGAAAAAAUAUGACAGAAUAGAAGGGCAAAAGUGGUCCAAAGACAUUGCCAACAUCAUCCGCAACAAGAUUAAAGAGCUUGACGUUAAAAAGUACAAGUUUGUUGUUAAUGUCGUUAUUGGAGAAAGGGUUGGAGCUGGAGUGAAAAUGGGCACCAGGUGUAUAUGGGAUGCAGAAGCAGACAGCUAUGCCCAUGACAGUUUUACAAAUGACACGUUAUUUUGCGUGGCAGCAGUUUAUGCUGUCUAUCAUUACUGAACUCAUCUCUCAACAAGAACGUUUCUAAUACUUUGUUGUAAGAAAAUGUUAUGUAAAGUAAGUGGUACCGUUAAUACGUUAAUUAUAACUUUAGACUAAGCGAAUUUUCAAUCCUUUUGAUCUCGCAAGGACUUUAUUGACUAUUAUAAUAAAUAACUUAUUAAAAGCAUCCAUUUUUAAAUGGCAAUGAGCAUGUUGUAAAUAUCGCAAAAGCAAUGCUGGCAAGAAGUGUGACAAGUAUAAAUAAAAACAAAGGGAUCAAAAGUAUCAAUGAAAA